AUGUGGAAAAGCUUCCAUUGGAGUAGUGCACUAACUAGGCAUCAAAGGAAACACACAGGGGAGAAGCCGUAUAAAUGCUUGGUGUGUGGAAAGUGCUUUUCUCGGAAUAGCCACCUAACUGCCCAUCGAAAGAUUCACACAGGGGAGCAGCCAUUUAAAUGCCUGGAGUGCGGAAAGUGCUUCUCUCAGAAUUACAGCCUAACUAAACAUCAAAAGGUUCACACAGGGGAGAAGCCAUAUAAAUGUUUGGAGUGCGGGAAGUGCUUUUCUCGGAAUAUCCACCUAACCGCACAUCAAAGGAUCCACACAGGAGAGAAGCCAUAUACAUGCUUGGAGUGUGGAAGGGGCUUCUCUCAGAACAGCAGCCUAACUGCCCAUCUAAAGAUCCACACAGGGGAGAAGCCAUAUAAAUGCUUGGAGUGUGGAAGGAGCUUUUAUCGGAACACCCACCUAACGUCACAUCUAAGAAUUCACACAGGGGAGAAGCCAUAUAAAUGCCUGGAGUGUGGAAAGUGCUUCUCUCUGAAUUCCAGUCUGACUGAACAUCAAAAGACUCACACAGGGGAGAAGCCAUAUAAAUGUUUGGAGUGUGGAAAGUGCUUCUAUAAGAACAGCAGCCUAACUGUACAUCAAAAGAUUCACACAGGGGAGAAGCCAUAUAAAUGUUUGGACUGUGGAAAGUGUUUUUCUCAGAAUGGUAACCUGAACACACAUCGAAAGAUUCACACAGGGGAGAAGCCAUAUAAAUGUCCGGAGUGUGGAAGGUGCUUCUCCCAGAGUGGCCAUCUAAGUGAACACCAAAGGAUUCGUGCAUGGAGCAGUCACAUAAAUGCUUGGAGUGCGGAAAAUGCUUUUCUGUGA